GACCUCAGGUGUUCGCUUGUUUUUCAGGUAAAUUCCUGCUGAAGGUAAACAAAUGGACUCAGCGGCGGUUUGCGGUGAAAACAUGAAAAAUUUGACCGAACUGCGCGGUUUAAAGCGAGUAAAAUGCCCGGACAGAAGAGAAGAUAUAAUGUACGAUUCCCUCCUAGUCGCAUCAAGAAGAUCAUGCAGAAGGACGCAGAGGUGGGGAGGAUUGCGAUGGCAGUUCCUGUGUUAAUCUCUCGAGCGCUGGAAAUGUUCCUGAAGUCUCUGCUGACCAAAAUCUGUCUGAUCACUCAGUCCAAGAACAGCUGCGUCGUGUCUGUUGCUCACAUGAAGCAGUGCAUAGAGUCGGAGAAGCUCUUCCACUUCCUCAUAGAUCUGGCGGAGCGACCCUCGUCUGCCGCACAGAAAGACGCCAGAGGUCUGACCCUGUGGCCGCUGUACAGGUCAAAAAUGCAUGAAAUUCAGGUUCAAAAACCGCCUGAAGUGGUAGAAAUGGUGCCACGGCGAAACCUGGGCUCACUGGACAACGACUCCAGCUCCAGUGAGUCAGAGCUUUACAUCUGCCUUUGAGCGAACAACCAGAGGAAGGUGCCGUCAACUUCCAGCAUCCUUUCAUCAUGUUUCUUUUAUUUAAAUUUUUUUUUUUAUUUAAACGCUGCUUGUCCAGGUUAACGUGUGGGUAAUAACUAUGGAACAAAAUCUAAUUUUCUUUUCAGUUUAGGGGGGAAAACAUUUAAGUUGGUUAAUACUUUAGACCUUUGGCUGCUAAUGUACAGUUUGGGGUUCUUUUUGUUUUGUUUUUGAAAAUAUAUAUCUAUUUAUGGUGUUUUGUAAUGAAGCCUGUUCCCUUUUUGUUUGUAGCAGAUAUGCUAGGAGGACAGGAAGAAGUUGAAUGCUCUGUGUAAGUUAACAUUAAGGUAUAAUGAAUGUAUUAUGCCAUUUAAAUAACAUCAGACUUUUAAAUCCUAUGUUUUUCAUGCCAUUUGCUUUGUUUAUAAGUUGAAUUCACAUGGUGUUACGCUAUAUGACUGUGCUUUAAAUCCCAGUUUCCCUUACCAUUUUAUGCAGCUGCCUUUAAAACUGAAGUGCUUAUUUUGCCAAACAGUGACCUUCAUGGUUCCUACUGUGAGCGUUUAACUUUUAAAGCACUUGUAAAUUAACGUUUUAAAGAGAGCGAGCCCAUAAGGCUCACACAAAUGGUUUCUUGCUCACGUUUCCUUGGGGCUCCGUAUCUUUGCAUGUGAAGUCAAAUUGUAAAUGAAUAACUUCUGUGAUUUAAUGUGAAAGUUAAAUAAAAACAAAACAAGAGCAUACAGAGAUUGGUUUAUUCCAAGAAACUAAUCGUUAUACAUUGUGAGGUGAAAUGAUGAAUAAAUAGACGCACUUCGUUCUGAAAACUUUACUGGAAAUUGACAUUUUUUAAGCCAAAUACAGCAAUACUUCUCUCUUGAGUUGCUAUGCUAGCUAGCUGCAUGAAGAGAGGAACCUGAUUUCAUUUUCCAAUACUUUAAAUGAUUUGCGCUGACGUCUCUGCUGAAGCUCCCAGUUGAUCCUGUGAUGACUUUUCAAUGAAAUACCAGAAAGGUAAAGUUCUGCUUAGCUCAGUGACACAUUUCAGUAAAUUCAAAUCCAGUAGUCAUUCCUCCGUCUGUCUUAAAUAAAACAUGCAUCUUCACUACAGUUACACUU